AUGGUAAAUAGGAAUCAAAAUGCCAAUGAUAUCAUACGGCAAGUUCGACAUGAUGAUGUGGCAGCAGAUAAUAACCUAGCAGCUAUAGCCGAAAGAAUUAUGGUUCGAAAUAGGGUAAAUUUUGGACUUAGAAGACCAAAUUAUAUGUCGCCUUUAGCAGAAUAUGUCUUACAAACAGAUGCUCCCCUGAGGACCAAAAUCCCCAAAUUCACCAAGUUUGCUGGGGAUAUUACUGAGUCUACUGUCGAACACGUGGCGAGAUAUCUAAUCGAAGCUGGAGAUAUGUCAAAUAAAGAGAGUCUUCGGAUGCAAUUUUUUCCAAGUUCUCUUACAAAGAAUGCUUUCACAUGGUUCACAACUUUGCCCCAGAAUUCGAUCCACUCAUGGAACCAGCUAGAAAGAAUGUUCCAUGAACAGUUCUACAUGGGGAAAACGAAGAUAAGUUUGAAAGAGUUGGCUAGUGUCAGACGAAAAUUCACUGAGCCAAUUGGCGACUACCUGAAUAAAUUUCGACUACUCAAAGCCAGGUGUUUUACGCAAGUCGAACGUUUAAAAGAAGAAAAGGCUAGGACGAACAAAGGUAAAAGGGUAGUCUAUGUAGAUUUUAGGAAAGAUCACGAGGAUUCAGGUCAUGAAGUUCCAGACUUCGACGAUACUGAGAUCGAUCUUGCUGAAUUGACAUAUGGGCCACCAUAUGCGUGCAAAGUUUUAGCUCCUUCGAACGGGAAAAACCCUGUUGAACCUGAAAAGAAUGACAAGUUUCCUAAGAAAACAUAUACAUUCGACGUUACAAAAUGUGACGAAAUUUUUGACUUACUGGUCAAAGAUGGUCAAAUGAUAGGAUCUGGUGCAGAAUGCAAUCCAGGAGGGAAGCUCAAGUUCGGUGAUAAGCCACAGAGCCAGAUGAAAAUCGACUCCGAUCCUCUACAAAUUGCUGAAGCUCAUUAUACUGAGCCAGAGGAGGUGAAUUUCAUUGAUGUUGCUGAUGAUUUUUGUAUGACCGAAGUUACUGAAGACUUUGUCCAUAGGCCUGUCAUGGUUAGAGUACAUGAGUACUUCGAGCAGGCACCUCUUGACGGUUUGGCCUAA